CGCGGGCGGUGGAAACCGCUGGGCCCGCGGCCCGCUCGCCUCCCCCUGGAAGCCGACUUCGGGGUGCGGGUCAGGCGUCCUCCCCCGGCCGCUGGACGACGCUGGCUCGCGAGGGCGAAGGGGAGCACCAUGCAGGAUCCAAAUGAAGAUACAGAAUGGAAUGAAAUUUUAAGAGAUUUUGGCAUUCUUCCUCCAAAAGAAGAACCAAAAGAUGAAAUUGAAGAAAUGGUUUUACGUUUACAGAAAGAAGCAAUGGUUAAACCAUAUGAAAAAAUGACUCUUGCACAGUUGAAGGAAGCUGAAGAUGAAUUUGAUGAAGAGGAUAUGAGAGCUAUUGAAAUAUAUAGAGAAAAGCGGUUACAGGAAUGGAAAGCUCUUAGGAAAAAACAAAAAUUUGGGGAAUUAAGAGAAAUAUCUGGAAAUCAGUAUGUGAAUGAAGUCACAAACGCAGAAAAAGAUGUAUCAGUUGUAAUUCAUUUAUACAGAUCAAGCAUCCCAAUGUGUUUGUUGGUUAACCAGCAUCUUAGUCUCCUAGCAAGAAAGUUUCCGGAAACUAAGUUUGUUAAAGCCAUCGUGAACAGCUGUAUUCAAUACUACCAUGACAAUUGUCUACCAACAAUUUUUGUUUAUAAAAACGGUCAGAUAGAAGGCAAAUUCAUUGGAAUUAUAGAAUGUGGAGGGAUAAAUCUCAAGCUAGAAGAACUUGAAUGGAAACUAGCAGAAGUUGGAGCAAUACAGACUGAUUUAGAAGAAAACCCCCAAAAAAGCAUUGUCGAUGUGAUGGUAUCUUCAAUUAGAAACACUUCUAUUUAUGAUGACACUAAUAGUUCAAACAGUGAUAAUGAUGAUACCAAAUAG